AUGCCCGGCCCGUCGGAAACGCCGGGCAGGUGCCGCGAGCGGGUCGGCAUGGCGACGGUGACGGAGGCAGAGGUGGCUGCAUGCGCAGCGUGUGAUGUUGCGCUUCCUGUACAGCCACCGCCGCCGUCGUUCUGCCCGCGUCAUGCCGCUUUCUGCGCCGCUUGCCUCCCCAUCGCCCUCGCCGCCAAGCUUCCGCCGCCGUCGGUUCUGGCCGGCCUCGCCGCGCCGCCGCCGGUCACCUGUCUGGCUGUGGACCAGGAGACGGGCGCGCUCUGCGCCACGGUCUGCCCACCGGCAGCCGCGCCGGGCUUUCUCCCGCCGCGGAUCGCUGCGGCCUACGCCCGCGCGCUCGCCCGCCGUGAGCUGGCUUCCGCUGCGGGGCAGCUUGUCGCUGCUCCGCGCUCCGAGGCCCUCGUCGAGUGCCGCCAGGCCCGUUGCCGCGCCGCCUGGAUCGUCGCCGUUCCCGAUGCUGGGAUAGGCGCCGGCGCCGUCGAGUGCCGGACGCCGUGUCCCGGUUGCGCCGUCGACAUCACCGUGGUGCGCAACGAGUCGGAUGGCCCGCUCCACCAGGACGUGCCCGCCAUCGCCGCGCCAUCGCUUGUUGCCGCCGCCCACAACGUCGCCUCGCGCCUCUGGCUCUGGCUCUUUACCCGCCCGUGUCCGCAAUGCGGCAUUGCACUCUCGCGCGCUGCAGGCUGCCGCUACAUCGCCUGCACCCAGUGCCGCUGCGAGGUCUGCUUCGCCUGCGGCCAAGAGUUCCACGCCGUCAAGACCACGUGGUGCUGGCAGGGCCUCGACACGCCCUGGCAUGCCUGGAUCCGGAGCCAGGUCCAGCAAGCUGUUACUGUCGUCGCUUUUCACGCCCUCCUUGCUGCUUGCCUCACCGUCGGCGCCCAGCUUGCGCCCAUGGUCCCGGUUCCAGCUAUCGCUCUUCCGCGCCUCUCUGCCGUCACGCCUUUCCAAGCCCUCCCCGCCCUUCCGGCGCUACCGGCUUGGUUCACCCUCCCGCACAUUCCGGUCGUCACACCAGCCGUCCGCACCGUCGCCGGCGCGCUGAUCCGGCUCUUGGUUCGCGCUGCGCAUGCCUCCGCCGCCGCCGCCCGCUCCGUUGCCUACAUCAUCACCCUGCCGUCGGCACUCCUCAUCGCAGCCUUUCGCCGGAUGAUCUCCUCGACCGCCGCCGUUGUUGUCUCGUGCCGGCCAGUCCACGCCCUUGUCCGCGCUGUCCUCCCGCCGGUCAUCUAACCUCCAUCCGCCGCUCUCGGCGCGAGUUCUG